AUGGCUAAAGACUGCUCCAAGACUCUUGAACAGACUCUCAAAUGCAUUAAUUGUGAAGGCCCUCACACAGCUAACUACAAACAAUGUCCAGAAUUUUUAAAGACAAAAGCCGAAAAACAAGCAUCUCUACCCACAUUCACUCAACAACGCGUUCAAACAACUCUCCGUCAACCUCCAGUAACAAUCACUCCACCAUCUAAUGAAGAUGCUCAAAUCUGCCCUCAGUCAUAUGCAACUGUCGUCGGCCCUAUGCCUUCAAAGUUACUAAGCCAGUCUGUCAAUCCAGACGCCAUCCAAAUGCUCACCAAUCUGCUCUCAGAGCCCACAGCCGGCACCGCCAACAUCAGAGACGUUCUCAUCUCUACUCUAACCUCCUUAUCCCCCUAUGAACUUCCCCUAUGA